ACACACAGUGACGGAGCGGCUGCACUGGGAGUGUUUACGGCUGCCUGCCUCAGCUCGACAUCCAGUAAUUUGCUGUUUUUGACAAUACUCGGUCUUUAUCGAGGUCGUGCUAGCGAAACAGUCUCACGCGAUUCAUUCGGAAGUGUGGCAAAGGGUGAAGUUUCUCUUAGGUGGAUGAGGCUAACUUUCAAGUGCUAAAUGAGUCGACGAGCGAAAUUUAACUUCAUCGAUCGCGGAUAGUUUUUUUCUCUCAAAAACGCACUCAGCGGAAUUCCGUCUAGGAUUAAACCAGUGCUCGGAGACGCGGACUUUGUGUUUUACCGAAGAACUGCAAAAAAUUAACGGGGCAACUUUAUUUCGUAACUUUUCCCCCCUCAGCAGCGGUGCAAAUUGUUGUAACCGUCAGCUAAUUUUAGCAGGCUAGCUAACUGUCAGCUUAGGUCUACUGUAGACAGCUUCAAUCCGGCAAUGCAUCUCUUAUGUUUUGCAACAGGUAGACGUUUUUCGAUCACAAUGCAGCAGUAAAAAAAAGUCAGAAAUUUAGGAGCUUAUUCUUGUCGUGUUGGUCGCUCAGUGCUGUGUAGUGUGGGUGGUGUCGUGUGACUAAAUUCGGAUUUUUUCGUAUUUUGAAGACUAUCCCCCCCUCCUCUGUAUUUCAUAGAGCAAGAUAAUGAUGCAGUCUUUGGGCACAGCUUAACCUCCGUACCGACCGACCAUGUUGGAUCAUACAAAAAUAACACAAGCCUUCUGAUGUGAAAAGGGGAAGGAAGCUUUUCGUAUGACCUAGGAGAUACAGUGCAAAAAGUGUCAAGGUAGUUUUUUUUUUUUUUUUUUAUUUUAUGCAUCAAAAUGUCGGCCAUCUCCGCAUCAGAGAAAGUGGAUGGGUUUACGAGGAAGUCCAUGAGGAAGGCACAGAAGCAGAGAAAAUCCCAGGGCUCCUCUCAGUAUCGCACUCACACCGCUCCGGUCGAGCUCUCCCCGCUGCCGCAGCUCAAAGAUGCCCCGUCCACAGAGCAGCAAGAACUGUUCACCCAGAAACUCCAACAGUGCUGCAUGCUCUUUGACUUCCUGGACUCAGUCACUGACCUGAAGAGCAAGGAGAUCAAGAGGGCCACACUUAACGAGCUGGUGGACUACGUUUCGACCAACAGGGGCGUUCUGGUGGAGCCGGCAUACCCGGAGAUCACGAACAUGAUCUGCACCAAUAUUUUCCGGGUUCUCCCACCAAGUGACAAUCCGGAUUUUGACCCAGAAGAGGAUGAGCCCACUCUGGAAGCUGCAUGGCCUCACAUACAACUGGUCUAUGAGUUUCUUCUGCGCUUCUUGGAGAAUCCAGACUUCCAGCCCAGCAUUGCAAAGAGAUAUAUUGAUCAGAAGUUUGUUCUGCAGUUGCUGGAGCUGUUUGACAGUGAGGACCCAAGGGAGCGGGACUUUCUAAAGACCAUCCUGCAUCGAAUUUAUGGAAAGUUCCUGGGAUUGCGGGCCUUCAUCAGGAAGCAGAUUAACAACAUUUUCUUGCGGUUCAUAUAUGAAACCGAACACUUCAAUGGAGUUGCUGAACUGUUAGAGAUCCUGGGAAGUAUCAUCAACGGGUUUGCAUUGCCUCUGAAAGCCGAGCACAAGCAGUUUCUGAUGAAGGUGCUCAUCCCGUUACACACAGCUAAAGGAUUGGCUCUUUUUCAUGCCCAGCUUGCCUACUGCGUGGUGCAGUUCUUGGAGAAGGAUCCUACGCUUACAGAGCCGGUGAUCCGUGGUCUGCUGAAAUUUUGGCCUAAAACCUGCAGCCAGAAAGAGGUGAUGUUUCUGGGCGAAAUUGAAGAGAUUCUGGAUGUCAUCGAACCAACGCAGUUCAAGAAGAUCCAGGAGCCACUAUUCAAGCAGAUCUCCAAAUGUGUGACCAAUCCACAUUUUCAGGUAGCAGAGCGGGCGCUCUACUUCUGGAAUAACGAGUACAUCCUCAGCCUCAUCGAAGAGAACAUCGACAAGAUCCUUCCCAUCAUGUUUGGCAGCCUGUACAGAAUCUCCAAAGAACACUGGAAUCCGACAAUCGUAGCUCUAGUCUACAAUGUGCUGAAGACGCUGAUGGAGAUGAACUGCACACUGUUCGAUGAGUUGACGUCCUCCUAUAAAGCAGACCGGCAACGGGAAAAGAAGAAGGAGCAGGAGAGAGAAGAGCUGUGGAAGAAGCUGGAGGAGCUGAAGCUCGGCGACAUGCCGCUGGUCCAGAACAACAGCCACGGGCUGCCGAGUGUCCAAAACAACAACAACAACAAUAAUAGUAACAGUAACCACGAGGACCAGGAAAGGAGCGCCGCUGCCGUCACCGCAGACGACAAAGACCCUGACGCCACCGCAGCCGUCAGCGAGAGCACCCCAUGUGCCAAAUGACACCGGACGUCAGUGUUUUACUCUGUAACGGUUUGAUGCUGCGUUCAGGACUGCCAGGGUAGGAUUAACAGAGACGUAAAAACACAAAUCACACCUCAGCAGUAUAUGAAAUCUACUUAGAGUGAACGCCAGCAUUUCUUUGGCAAGAAAAAAAAUCUAUAUUUCAACUUAAGACUAUUUUUGGAUGUUACAGUGUGGCUGCAGUAUACUGUUUAUUUGUCUGAUCAAAGAUUUAUCCUUUCACAUUUAGUUUCUUAACUGAAAAUGUUUCUUUUCAUUAUAUUCGUUGUAUGAUACGCGGGGACGGGGGAGGAGAUAACGAUGACUUGAAUUCAAUAUUUCCGAUUUGUGCUGCACUUAGAAGAGCUGAACAGCUAUUUAAAGAUGUCUAUUUUUAAUGUGCUUUUUCCUCAUCGCUGCCAACUUAAGAGAACGGCAAAAACUUAUUAUUUUUUGUUUUUUGGGGUGGGGUGGGGGGGUGUUUGGGACCAGACCCAAAAAGUAAACAUUUGGUGUGCAUUAAGAUGCAGGAAAGCUAAAGAAGACAGCCAUGUCCUUUUUUAAAGAUGGCCAAAAUGGAUAGAGAUAUUAAUCCCAGAUAUAGAGUGAGCGCUCUGUAAAUGACUCUACCUGAGACGAUGAAUUUAAUGAACAGUAAGACUAAACACUUAUUUUUGUGUUUCAGGUGUUGGUAAAAAUGUAUUCAUCUGGGUGAUGCUGAUUUGAAAAACGCAGAGCUGUGUUUAUAAAAUUAUUUACACUAAAGUAUUGAGAAAGAGCUUUUCAACAAAGGAAAUAUUUUUCUUAAUAACUGGAGUUUUAAAGGAGGAGUUCAGCAUUGUUUCUUUUUUUAAGGCGAGGGGAAGAGGUUGAAUAUAUGUGGUGAAUGUGAAGCAGCUGGCCUGGCUCUAUCCUGAGAAAUAAAAUCCACCCAAACAGCACCUCCAAAGCUUAAAAAUUAAAAAGAGAUGUGGUUUGUCUAAUCCAUGCAGACGCCUGCAGUGUUAGAGGAGUUGGAGAAGCUGGUGGGUGAACUUUAUUAGCUUCAGGCUGCUUAUCUAAACCAAUCUUCACCUCUUACUCAGAUAUUUCCCAAGCUGCUAAACUAUUCCUUUAAAAAUGAAAAGAGAGAGAGACCUACAGUGCUAUAUUUUUCCAGUGUAUUGAUAACCCGAAUAUUUUUGGAUGUUUCCUUUUUUUUUUUUCUUUUUUCUUUUUUUUGCAGCUGGCUCAUGAUGGGAUGCAGGAUGCGCUUGAGUGUAUAUUUGUCGCGUGGGUGUAUAUGUGUAUAUGUUAGCUUGGAGGCUACUUAAAGGGAAAAUGCCACUCGGUUUCUGAUUUGAUGUACAGCGUAACAUUUCAGUGGUCUGAGAAAAGUGCAGUCAGUGCAAAGACUUCCACACGUCUUAUACAUUUGAUGCACAGAAGGCUUUCGUGUUACCAUGUAUUUUUAUGUCCUAACCAAAUGAGGCCCUUUAUGACGUAGUGCAACAAAGGAAACCCAGUCUUUUACCAUCUAUGCCUCUUCACUGUCUCUUUUCUACAGACUUCAUGAAGUCACGAUUGCUUUUAUUCUCCAGUUUCUGAUGUUGACAACUGAUGAACGUCUUCAUUAAACUAGUGUAACUGCCAUUGGAUUGUAGGAACGACUCGUGAGAGGGUUUCUUUCUCUCGACUGAAUGGCUUUCCCUCUGAAGCUCGUAGUUUUCAAGCUUUAUAUUUUAGGUCAAGUCUUUCUGAUGCCUUUUCUGUCAGUACAGCAUUCCAGCCUCUGUGACAUUGAAAGAAACUACAUGGGGAGCCUGUUUUGUAAUCACAGAUCUUAUUUAGGUUUCACCAUUAAAUAAAGUCUACUUUAUCUUUCUA